AUGGCCGACAAUGCCUCUUAUGAUUCGGUAAAAAAGAUCUGGAAGCUGCGCAAUGUGACGAUCCGUAAGAAUAAUGACAUUCAUGAGGCGCUAACGGUAAUGCCAGAGCUGGAACGGAAAUAUCCUUUCACGCCCAAUGACCUGCGCCAGGACGAUGGGGUGAAGGAGGCGCUGACCACGCCGCAGCUCGACCAAUAUAUUGAAAAGCAAAAGCUGCACGGCAAUGAAAACCUAAACCUCUAUUAUACCGAAAAACAACGCCGUACCGCGACUCCAUUUGCCGGCUUCAUCCUUUCUAUUAUCGGGGUGUGCAUUGCCAGUAAAAAAAUCCGUGGCGGUAGCGGACUGCACCUGGCGAUGGGUAUUGCGCUGUGUGCUAUUUAUAUGAUGGCGUUGCAAUUAUCUACGACCUUUUCUACCAAGGCCGGGUUGAAUCCUACGCUGGCUUUAUGGAUUCCCAAUAUCAUAUUUGGCAUAUUGGCUAUUUAUCUAUACCGGAAGCAGGUGCGUUAA